ACCAGGUACUGCCUUGCCGGUAGCUGCACCCCCGCAUCAGCGAUCAGAAACCAGAAGGAUACUUAGACUUCCCCUCCAACCUUCUGCUGCUCUCGUGUACUGGUACGAUAACAACAACAAAUUUUUCUACAACAGCCGCUCGAAUCGGUAUCCACGACAGGGCUGCUGCCUCUGUUCUCGAGAAAAUCCAUCGCAGCACAACCUUGGUGGUUGGGUGGAUGCACUAUUGUCUCCUCGGAGCUGAAUCAUACCGCCAUGGGAUCUCUUGGUCAAGUUAUUGAUCUGUCCAACUUGAGCACGGAAGAGCUCCAAGCCCUCAUCGCUGUCCAACCCCAGUUGCUGGCUCAGCUAAUGGCAGGGGCCCAGAAAGCAGAAGUGCAAGAUGAAUCUAACCUGGCGCACGAUCUCAAAGCACUCUGGACGAAGAUCGAUCGGUGUGUCAAGACAUUUCAAUAUCAAGCAGCGUUGAACCUGAUUUCAAAAUAUGCAAAAGGGCCAAACAGAUCAUAUUCCCGUCUCAAGACGUUCUAUCACAUGGAUCGUCAUUUGCUGGUUGUUCAGGUGGCUCAAAAGGAAGCAACUUGGAUACCCUCCUUGCAGGAACUCAUUCAGGAUGGACCCAGUGCCAUUCAGCGGCUGCAAGAGAAUAGUUCGCUGCAUCAAUCUGUGCAUGGUUUGAACUUGAUGUCUACUGCACCUUGGAUGCUGGGGCAUGCUGCCGAAUCGGCUGCCUUGGUUGCCAUUCGAGGGCAAGAUAUCAUGGACUUUUCAUUCAGAUGCAUUCUCCUUUGCUUUUGGCAGGCAUGCGUAGCUCUGCCUGGUUUCCAAGGGCUCUUUUCUGGACCAUUUCAAAUUGAUCGCAAAGCUAUUCAGAGCUUUGAACAAAUCGUGCAAAUGACUGGUGGACGGGCCACGAUGAUCAUUCCAACGAAGGAUUCCUCUGUUUGGGCCCAUGCUGAGUUGCGGAAGUACCUUUCGGCUGUGGAAACACAUCACAAGAUCGCCAGCACUGCCAAAUUGAGACAUCAAAAUGCCUUGAAGCAGGUACUGGAAGGGAAACUGACUAUUCUGGAAGCGGUGCAAGAGGGAAAGGCAGCCUACGAUGCUGCCAAUAAGUUGACAAUGCCAUGCAGAAUUGAAUUCAAAUCAACUUUGCCUCCAAUCAUCCCAGCCAAGCCAGAACACGCCAAUAUCCCAUUUCUUCGGAACCUUGCCUCCGUUAGCGAGUUUGUUUUUCACCGCGACAAAGGUAGAACUCAGAUCAUUGAACUGGAUUCACCAGCGACCGUUUCGAAACACUUCUAUCUAUCAGAGCAGCACAAACCUGAUUCCAUUGUAGCGGUUGAUCUGGAAGACAUCAGGGAGUUUGGUGGAAACCUGGCCGUGGGUGCUCUCUCGGGUGGCUUCACCUUUGGGAAGUUCAUUCAGGCAGGCUACCUGAUGGUGAAACAAUGCAUUGCAGUCCAUAAUUGGGUCAUGAGAUACCAUGUUGGGAUUUCCCAUUUGUUUUCGGCUUCUACGGGAUACACACUUCGCACCAUGCUUAUGAAGACACUACGAAGUGUUGUAACAACCCACGACGCGAUUGGGCAGUACGGUGGAGACCACCCUGGAGUUGAAAAUGCCAUUCGGAUGGAGCGGCUGGCAGACAAAGAUGGAGUAUAUGCACAAAACUUCUUCAAUUCUUGCUGUUCUCCAGUCGCGAUGAUGCUCUUGGAAGACGAAUGCAAUCGAAUAGAACCGAAGCUUUUUGCCAAUGAUGAAACUGAUGACUUGGACGAGAGCUGGGCCAUUACAACCCGUUCCAUCGAAGCCACGAAACGAUUUACUGCUGCCUAUGCUGUUCUCGUGCAGUGCUCUGCCCGAAUAAUGCUCUGCGUGGCAGACCCCGCGUAUGUGGAAUAUGCUGCCACUAGAGAUGAGAAGGACAAAAUUGACAUCAUCUCUGAAAUUUUGCAAUCUGCGGCCACACUCUACCAAGCAAUCUUCAAAAUCUUGAAUGCACCCGACGAGUUGUUCCGGCCCGUGAGUCUGUCAUCGGUGGCAACAAUGUUCUUUUCAGCUUCCUACCCAAAAGAAAAUCGUGUGUUCCUUUCUCACCGCGGCCCUGAUCUCAAGACCAGGCUGCUUGAAGCGGUCACCAGAAAUUUCGAUGUGUCAGCUUUCGGAUAUAGUGCAGAGUCUUCAAAAUCCACGGCAGAUCAUGUUUCAUUCUUCCUCGAUGCCCUAACACCAUCUAGAUCAGAGACCAACCAUGGCUUCUUGUGGAGAGAGCUGUGGGAAUCAACUCACCUUCAUGUGUCCUUAUCACGAAACUAUCUCGAAUCAGACUGGUGCCGGCUUGAAGUCUUUGCUUGGCGUCUUAUGAACGCAGUACACAAAUGGAGGCAAUCAACUGUCACACACGACAAUAACAAUGAGGUAGACCAUGGCGCCGAAGUGAGAAGUCUGGAUGGCCCAGUCACGCCAAAUCCGCCUCUCAGUAGUCACACUGGAGUAUUCCAAGGAAAUGCUCAGGAGCUCCGCGAAGCCAUGUCAAUGGAAAAUGACGAGAUUGGUGGAGACUUGCUGGAGUUUGAUGAACUCUCGCGGGGAGACUUUUUGAACUUGUCCUCCCGGAUGCAGUCCUUCCAAAUGAAAUUUGCUCCGUUACGUGUAGGCGACCCAAGGGAAUCCCAGCUGCUCUUUGAUACCUCCUGUGAGGCCUUGCGCGAGACCAAUCGCCAAUAUGACCGGCUCCACGGAACACGUCGCGACGAGAAUUCCUUUGAUACAGCCACACAGGAAGAGUUUGGAAAACGCUGGACGAAACUUCAUGCAACGUCGCACCCCGGAUCAAAUGAAUUCGUAGAGGAACUGGACCAGGUACGCAACGAAUACGGUCAAUGCUUUGCGUACGGACACAACAAUUCCGUCUUUUUCCUCUACCGUGCAUAUCACCUUGCCCGUGGCCGUCGGGUGGAUGAUCCAUCUCUGAGUCUGAUCGAUGCCAAAUGGGGUGAUCUCCAUCAGAUUUGCACCCGCUACAGUAUCCUCCAGAGCAAUCGUGACGUUGACCUGUUCCUUUCCAUCCUCGACAAUAUGCAAUCUUCUGACGAAUCCACUUUGACACGCACAAUUACGCAGCUUUGCAUCCGUGAUACAACCUCCGAACCUUUUGUUCGAAUGGCAGUUUUGUUUCUACUGUCCAACUUGUCUAUACACCCUUGUAUCACACAGCUGCGUUCAGAACCCAUCACUUCCCGGACCGUGGCAGGCGUGCCCUUGAAGGUACUCCCCUGUGUCACAGGAGACACGUGGGAAGAAGUGGACCAUUUGGUCAAGCUACGCCGUCAACUCAUGGACGGGACUGCCAUCAAGGACCUGCCAACAGCCGAAGAAAAGAAGAGUCGUCGAUCGGCUGAGGAUCCGAUCCCCACUCAAUGCACAACAAAGGAUGAUGGCCCAGCUGUCCCUAUCGAGAAUGGAGACAAAGGACACGAAGGACACGAACAGUCAAACUAUGGUCAUCGGAAUCAUGACAAUGGCCAAGUCGACGCCCCCCUGCCGGCUCGAAGAACAGUCAACGACGCAGAUUUGUUGACCGAGUUUCGCAAAUUGGCGUCCAAUAAUUCACUCGAGGUAUCGACGGUGAGCCAUUUCUUGGAGCUUUGCAACAGAGAUGUGGAAGCUGCAGUUGAACUCUGCUUGUCAGAAAGUGCGGAUGUCUAGCUACCGGUAGCUGCGAAACAAGGGGAGAGACAGGUCAAAGGUUUUUGGAUUUCCGAUCUUGAAGUGAUCGCGCCGAGAGCUUGAAAGCAUCCAUUAGACUAAUAGCUUAGUUGAACAAUAGUAACGAAAAACGCUUAGUACCUUCCACAUCCAACAUAUGGCUGGAC